GGGGAGAAAAAAAAAAAAAAAAAGCCAAGCAGAAUUCCAGUGGUUAUAUGUUUAUUCAUCCAACCAUCCAUAUAUAAAGUUCUAUUAGGCUAGCCGAUUCUUUGGUUUCUAAGGGGUCUCCAGUUUUAUUUCUGAGAGAGAGACCUAAACUUGCCCAGCUUGAUGGCAACAAUGUCAUGAAAAAGCUCUGCACUCUGUUCCUGGGUUGUUCAAUAAUGAUCUCUCAAAGCCGCGUUAGUUGACCCAUUGAUCUCUUGAUACCGUGCCAUAGUGGAUUUGCACUGUGAAAAGUGAAAUGAUGAUAUUUUGGCACAUCUGCAAAGAGUUUCAAAGUGCUGUGCAAACAGUAGUUAAGCUUCACAAAAUCCUGUUUUGAAGUAGGGGAACAGAGGCACAGAUAGGUUAAGUGACUUGCCCAGGGUCACAUAGGUAGUCUCUGACAGGGCAGGGAAUAUAGAACCAUGAUUCCCAAUCUUGUGCUUUAAGCGCAAGACCUGCCUUUCUCAGGAAAUGGAGGAGAAUGAACUGGAAGCUAGAAUACAUUAAAUAAAACUUUUCUGUAUGUUUAUUUACAAUGAUGAGCAGAAGUGGACCUUGAGCUAUAUAGAGUUCUUAUUCAAAAAAGCUCUUUGAGAUUAGCUCAUCAUUGAUUAUGGUCACUUUUUAAAAUGACAUUUUAAUUUUCUUUAGCCUUUUAUUUUUCAGGAAAAAUUCUGCCUCUCUCCCAGUUAUGGUUGCUUCCUAGCAAUCCUUCUCAUGGUAUCACUUUGUGGAAGAAGGCCUGCACCUCCUUCACCACAACCUUGUACCUUUUUAUGCCUCUCAGUUCCACUGACCACAUGACCCCUCAGUAUGAACACUCACCACUGCCCCACAAAUAUCUCCAUUUAACCACUGUGUCUUCAACAUUUUAUUUGCAGCAGGACAUUUCCCUACUAAGUGACUGCUCUCUUCCUCCCAAUAGGGAGGCUCUCAGUAUAUUGUGCAGCUGUGAAAAUUGAACCAGAACCUUCAGGCUUUUGGGAAUACGAAUACCAACAUCUAGUUCUUAUACAGCACUUUUCAUCCAUGGAUCUCAAAGUGCUUCACAAAGGAGGUGAGCAUCAUGCUCCCCAUUUUCCAGAUGGGAAAUUGAGGCACAGGGAGGUCACCCAGCAGGCCAAUGCCAGAGCCAGGAAUAGAAUCCAAGUCUCCCAAGUCCCAGUCCAGUUCUCUUAUCCACAUGGCUAUAGCCCAGCAUAAGGCUCUAAUACAGAGGUGCUCAAACCGGGGGAGGGAGUGCACGGGAAGCUUUAGGGGGGAAAAAAACCUUCCUGUGCACAUUUUACCCACUGCAAUGAAUAGCAAAGCUCAUUCCUCCAGACAUAUCAGGUCCUCAGAGGGCACUGUGUAUCUUGACGGAUUUCUGUUACGCCUGCAAAGCAUUAUACAAAGUUUUUGCCCCCUGUAUGUUAAUCCGUUUGCUGCAACACAGUGUGCACAUUUACUUGUAAGCAUCAACCACAAUUGCAGUUUUGCUUUUGCUCUUAUUACAGUGGAUCACUGGCUCUUUUUGAAUCAAUGCCUUAAUGGGUUUCAUAUUUAGUGAGAGUUGCAUGUUGAUUUUUUUAAAAAUCCAUAUACGUACUUCUGUGGCGGAGGGUGGGGGUCACGCUGGUAACUAUUAUAGACACAAAGAAGGGGCGUGCAAUCAAAUAAGUUUGAGUACCAUUGUCCUAACGGCUCCAGGUGCUGCAUCUUCGUGCAUGCCAGCUAACCACACAGGUUCUGUUUCUAUAUUGUGACCUAAAUUGACUGUUUGGAGUAAACAUCUUAAUUUUUUUUUCUUUCCAAAGAGCUUUGAGUGUAUCUUAUUAUAAUAGGACUUGUUUAUUCCUUGCAAUGUAGAACUAAAAAGUUUGGGACUCAGAUACCACAUAACUUGCAGUGAUUGGAAAAAUAUUUUCUGUUUGUAAUUUAGAUGUACAUCUCUUCAAAUCUUGAAACAAAUAUGAUCUUGAGAGAUGGGGAGGAAUACUUCAAAGACGAACUGCAAAGCUUUUCGAAGCAAAUGAAACAAAACCUCUUCCAUAUCCAAAUCAGUAAAAGAUUGUGUCCUCAGAUUAGGGAAAUGCUCUGCUUUGUGUUACAUCCUCUGAAGAGGAGCCACACAAAAUUGUUGGCAAGCAAAUAAGAACUGAUUUCCAGUCUCUUGUAAUUUCUGAGUCUAUACAGGCCCCUGAUUCUGCUACUGAUUGGCAUAUUAAACAGUUUAGUUCUUUUAGUCAUAAAAGACUGGACACUGGGGACAGUUAAAGCUUAGGGAAUCAUCUGCUUGGAGGUGACUAGUUGAAUCUGUGGAUGCAGAUGAGUUUCCGUAAGAGAAAGCACAGAAGAGAGAUGUUAGGCCUGCCAACAAAUAAGGAGAGAGAGAAGAUUGAGUGGGGGUCACUGAAGCAGUGGCCAACAUGGAAGGAGAACGGGGAGCUUCAAAACACUAAAGUAGAAAGGAAGAGAAGUUAAUCAGUGAUAUUAAAGAUUACAACUAGAUCAAAAAGAGCAAGAGCAGAGACUUGCACCUUAAUCUUACCUCUGAAGAAGUUGUUGGUGACCUUCAUGAGGGAAGUUUUUGUGGAGUGGAGAAGGGCUGAAGUAGCUCAGGAAGAGAUUGGAGGAGAAGAAGCCUAACCAGCAGAGAGUAGAUAACAUGCACAAGGAUUUGCAAGAGAGAGGGGAGAAGAAAGAUAAGAUAAGUUGGUAAGGCCUGUGCAUUUGAGGGAGGUGUUUUGGGUUUUUUUUAGGUUGAGAGAAGAGAGACAAGCAUGCUUGUUGGCUGGUGGAAAACAGCCAGCAGGCCAGGAGUGGGAGGAUGGGAAGUAUGAUGAGAUGGUUGAGAGAUUAAAGGCAGAGAGUUAGAAGGAAGAUCUCCAUAUCAAUGACUGCCAUCAAAAAGGGAAAGGAGGAAUGGAGAGGAGAAGGAAUAAAGUUCUUACAGGACAGUGUUUGACAAUAUUGAUGAGAUCCUGGGCAGAGGAAGUGGUUUCAUUGAAGAAUUGAGGUUUGGAAGUAGCAGAACUAAAACUGGCCUGGGUUCAUCCAGGCAAAUGCUAUGAAGAUGGCAUGCAUCUGACUAUCAUGUUUAGCGAAUCCAAGAAAAGAGAGGAGGGGGAUGGAUUCUUUAAGAAUGGAAGAGCUUAUUUAUAUAAACUGUUAUGUAGGUGGUGUAUGGAACAGCCCUAGUGUCUGGGUUUCCCCAGGAGAAGGACAGUACAGGCAGGUAGGAACAGUGUAAGCUUCCCCACCUUGUCAUGCAAAUGUCCCCCCAUCCUUGACUUGCAAGGUAUUUCUCUGGGGCAAGUGGAUAACCUAGCUUCCAUUCUUUCCUUGGCCUUUCUCCUGGGUACUAGUUAUUGCUAGCAAAUUUUGCAAAAUGGACAAGUGUCCACUAGGAAUGCACCUGAAACCACCCGCUCAUUUCACACAGCUCUCUGAAGAGCUGUCAGAUGGCAAUGAAGGUUGGUCUCUACUGUCCUGAGCUGAAUUUGAACCAGUGUCCUGGAUGGCUCCAUAUUCCCAUGAGCCAGCCAGCCUGCCUAGAAGGGCUUGUUUGUUAAAAACAGAAAAGGAUACGGUAAGUUAAACAACUGGUGCUGGAAUUAACGAUGAAGGUGUAAAGUCUGAAUAAUGCACACUGAGGAAGUGCUACUGUGUGUGAAAGCUACCCAACCUGUUCAGCUGGUUUCUGGUAGUGAGCUGGAUGAGAGCAUGCCCAGAAAAAUGUGUAUCUGCCUUUCCGGAACUGUGACCUGUUUGCACAGCAUAGCUCUGCUAUUGGUGUGACUUUUUUCUGGAAAGCAGUGGGUGAACAUUGUGCAUAUUUAAAGGUAUGACUUAACCGAGUGACCACGCAGCUUUCACUGAGAGGAAAAAGAAGCUACCCCAGAGCAUUCUGCAUGUGGGAAUAUCUUUUUUGCCGAGAAAAUGGGCCAGAAAUUAUCACAGGAAUAUAACGAGAAAAACAAGGCUGACAUUCUCAUUAUAAAUGAGGUGUUCAGCCAAGGAGUGGUCCAUGCAUCUCAAAAGCUGAAAGAAUACCUUGGAUUUGAAGAUCCUCAGAGCCAAUUCCGCCCAGCCAUGGAUACUUUAAAUGAGAUCUUUUUGGUUAACUUCAUCAGUUUCUGUAUUGAAAAAGGAGUGGAGGAGCGUAUCGCGACCAGCAAAAUGACAAAGCAACAGUCUUUGCUGCUUGGGAUUGACUGGAUCUGGACUUUAUCUGGAGCCGACAAACAAAUCAAUCUUCAGAUCGCCGUGCAGUCUUUGCAAAUGGCUGAGCUCCUCCAUGAUGAAACUGGGCCCAGCAAGGAAGCCACGUUAGCAGACCAGCCUUUCAAAAACCAAAGCAGGUUUGAGAAGCUGGAAGAGUUCUGCACACUGGUGGGACAAGACUGCCUGGGCCUCUUUAUAAUGUUUGGAGUACCAGGGAAGCCUAAGGAUAUCAGAGGAGUCCUGCUGGACAGCAUCAACAAGGAGAAACGAAAAAAUCACCUGUCAGGCGAGAAUGCUCUAAAGCAGUUCGUCUUGAACACUGACAGCUUCCUCUCCACAAAAGAAAUGCUUGAAAACUGCCUCUGUAAGAAAAAUGGGCUCAAGGAGGUGGGCAAGGUGUAUAUUAACUUUCUUUAAACUCCUGGUUUAUGGUAAAAGGGCUGUGAACCCAAUCACCAAAGAAUAUCCAGUCCUGGUCUUUCAACCAUCUGCAUUUCUUUCUCUCUCACACACUACUGAACAUAGUUACUUAGUCCAGGCAGUUGAUUUUUAUAGAACCUAAGAUGAUUAACUCUCUUUCCAGUUUUUAAAUCAACACUAUAUACAUUCCAGAAAAUGUGUUCGUACCAGAGGCUUAAUUUUAAGAAUAUUCUGUUCUUCAGAACUUUACUACUCCACACCCAAACCUUUGAAAGAUCUUUUGGAAGAGUUGAGUUCACUACAUUUACCUAGAGAGUGUGGGCACUUCUUAAACAGAAAGUUGCUAUAAAGACCGUUGUUGUUUUUUUUUUAUUUGGAAUGAGAGAGAAGGGCAAUGAUGCCAUGAUUUUAUAAUGCUGGGUGUAAAAUCUCAGUUGUUGCAUGAUUGCAGAGACUAAUCCUGCUGUGGCAUGGAUGUAGACUGAAUGAUCGUAAGAAGCUUUCCUAUAUGUAACUCUUUUCACUAGUAAAUGGUAGUCUGUUAAUCAUUUAUUAUUGUAUUGCUGUAAUGCCUAGACUUUGUAAUGUCUUUGGAAUCAUACCUUGCAGAAAACACCUCGUAAGAGACAAAAUCCCAGCCCCAAAAACACUAGACGAGGCAGACAAAGCGGGGGAGGUUAGGACUGAAAGAAAGUAUCACUAUUUGGUUAAAGGAAAGUGGUCUUGCAGAGUAUUUUAAGACUUAAAAUAGGGGGUGAAAUCCUGGCUUCGCUGAAGUCCAUGGCAGUUUUGCCAUUGACUUCAAUGGCGAUAGAACAGUGGUUCUCAAACUUUUGCACUGGUGACCCCUUUCACACAGAAAGCCUCCGAGUGCGACCCCUCCUUUAUAAAUUAAAAACACUUUGUAUAUAUUUAAAACCAUUAUAAAUGCUGGAGGCAAAGCAGGAUUUGGGGGUGGAGGCUGACAGCUCGGGACCCCCCCAUCUAAGAACCUUGUGACCCCCUGAGGGGUCCCGACCCCCAGUUUGAGAACCCCUGUGAUAGAAUUUCACGCUGUCUUGUACUUGAAGUUAAAUCCCCCAUGUAUUACAUAUGCUCUCCGUGUGCUUUUAAUUAUUAAGAGAUUAAUUAUUCUUUUCAACAUUUUAGGACUUAGUCAUGCUCCAUUGUCAGCCACAUUCUUGAUUUCCCACCCUUCUCCCUGUCUAAUUUGUAGUUAGCAACAUGUGAGUUUCAGGUUGUAUAAUCCCAAAUACUUUUUCAAGGGAGACCAAGUAGUGAUUAUGUGUAUAAGAGGAAUUUACAAAUUCACUAUGUGGUCACAAAUUAAAUGACUUUGGUUACUUGGUAGUGAUACUUUAAACCAGCUUACACCUUUGAAAAGACUUUACAUUCUAUACUUGUCGAUAUUUAACUUUUGGGAUAUUAAGCUCCUUUUCACAAAUUCUUUUCAUAUUUUUUCUACUUUAAGUUGUAUAGUCAAAUUUCUAUUUUAAUGUAAAAAUUGUAUUCGACAAAAUAAAACACGUAAUAUUGAGAAUCAAUUAGCUGUACUGAAUUUGCAAUCUUUGUGGUUAUGAAAAUGGAGAUAUUAUGG